AUGGACUUACACCAGCCCCCAGAUGACUCCAACGGCGGGUUGAGUUUUGCCCUCGAAUGGGGCAGAUACGGCCUUUCUCUGCACUAUAAGUUUUGGCCCAAAUCAGAAAACGAGGUACCGGCUGGAGACUCAACCAUCAAUUGCUUGAUGGUACUCAUCCGACAUUUCAACGCGCAACUCGCAAGCACGGACGUAUUGCGACAAGAGAAGGAGAAAAACCCCUUGAUAAGAGCCUCUAUGAAGCUUCGACCAUUGACUCGGCCGAAGAUUCGCGUGAGACAGCCCGACGAUGAGAACGACGUCGACCGCGUUCGCCUGGGCACCUGCACUCUGCCUCGCCAAAUCAUCGCCGCAACAUCUCCCGCUUUGAAGCAUCGCAUGGCCAACCAUCAGAACCACAACGCGAUGCCGCCCAAAAAUGCCCAGUCCAUCCCAUCCAACGGCUCUGGACAAAAGAGAAAAGCACCGCAAGGAGUAGGCGAUCGAAAGAAGACACGAAUGAAUAAUCCGGGGCUCUGUACCCGUUGA